AUGUUUGAACAGCCUGUUGUGACAUUUGAGUCGGGCCAAGGAUUCAGUCUCAUUGGUGCAGACAUCCUUAUUGAUCCUGAUGAGUUUGAAGGAGUUCACAUUGCAGCCAAGAACCUAUCCAAAGACUUUACUAGAGUCACUGGCCAAGGUGGCAAUGCCGUUCUGACCACAGCAACUGGCCGCGUUGAGUCUAAAUCUUGCGUUAUCGUGGGAACGCUGUCAAAGUCGGCAAUAAUCAAGAAGCUAGGAUCUGACGGGAAAAUUGACUUUUCCGGUAUUGAUGGAAAAUGGGAAUCCUGGGUCACCCAAUGCGUGUCCAAUCCAACCGAAGGCUAUGACAACGCCUUGGUAAUUGCCGGCAGCGACAAGAGAGGUGCUAUUUACGGCAUAUACUCUCUGUCCGAACAGAUUGGCGUCUCUCCAUGGCAUUGGUGGGCGGAUGUUCCCCCCAAAGUUCAUGACGAAAUUUAUGCUCUCCCUGUGUCAACCCGCAACGGCGAGCCAAGCGUCAAAUAUCGAGGCAUUUUUAUCAAUGAUGAAGCACCAGGGAUGGACUCCUGGGUCCACGAGAAAUUCGGCCCCAAGUUUGAUUCCAACUUCUACCACCUCGUGUUUGAGCUACUCCUUCGGCUUAAAGCCAACUUUAUGUGGCCCGCCAUGUGGAGGGGAUACCCGUACCCGGGCAGAUCAUUCUUCGUUGACGAUCCCAAAAACCAGGCUCUUGCCGACAGUUAUGGGAUAGUAAUGGGCACUUCUCAUCACGAACCAAUGCAACGCGCCAUGAACGAAUGGUCCACCACACAGCCAGAGAACACUUGGAAUUGGGAGAUCAAUAAGGAAAAGGUCACAGAGUACUUUAAAUUUGGUGCAGAGAGAGCACGACCCUUUGAGUCGUACAUCACGAUGGGCAUGCGAGCAGAAGGUGACAAUCCUAUUAGCGGCAGUGACCCUAAGAAGAUCCUUACAGAAGUUCUUGAUGUUCAAAGAGGUAUUAUAGAGGAAAAUUACGGGAGCAAGGGCGGUGUGAUGCAAUUGAUGGCACUAUACAAUGAGGUGCAACAGUAUUAUGACGAUGGGCUGGAGAUUCCAGAAGACAUCACACUUCUUUUCUCUGAUGAUAAUUUUGGCUCUCUGCGCCGAUUGCCGAAUGAGCAAGAGAAGAAACGCCCGGGCGGCUCCGGAUACUACUACCACUUCCAAUACACGGGAUAUCCUCGAUGCUAUCGGUGGAUGAACAGCAACACGCUAGGGAAAGCAUGGCACCAACUACAACUAGCACAUGCCGAAGGCGCAAAUCGCAUCUGGGUCUUCAACGUUGGCGAUCUCAAGCCUUGCGAAGUGCCCAUGAGCUUUGGGUUUGACCUUGCUUGGAAUGUCCACUCCAUCAGCGCCGACUCCUUUCCCCAAUACUACGAGGAACUAGCAACGCGAGAAUUUGGGCGCAAACACGCCAAGGGUAUCGCCAAGGCUUGGUACGACUUUGACCGUCUUGUCGCACUCCGGAAACAGGACCACAUCGAUGUGAACACAUUUAUUCUGCUCAAGUACCACGAAGCAGACAAUAUUGUCGCGCGUUGGAAGACUCUGCUGCAGGAUGCGAAGACAAUCAACGCCAAAAUAGACAAGGAGUACAAAUCCGCCUUCUUCCAGCUGGUUCUCCACCCUAUCAAGGCAUCCUAUCUGUGUACCUUGCUCCGAGUAACCCAGUAUAGAAACCAACUGUUUGCCAAGCAGCGUCGAAAUACUACAAAUGUGCUAUUCCACCGGAGUCUCGAAAUCCUCAACAAAGACCAUGAUCUCAUGAUGGAAUACCAUACUAUUAACGGUGGCAAGUGGAACCAUAUCAUGAGGCAGCCGCACUACGGAUACGGAGAUACUGGUGCCCAACCGUCAAGAAAUAUGAUUGACGGCCUGUGCUACGUCCAGACUAGAGAGGAUUCCAACCCCAGCGUUGGGCAUAUGGGCAUUGCUGUGGAAGGCAUUGAAGGCAUCAAUCCCGGACAUAUCAAUGAGGACUCGGACCGAACUCAUCCAUCCCGCAAGUGGCUGGAGCCGGGAGUGACUCUCCCCUUUAUCACUCCGUACGGCCCGCAGGACCGGUAUUUUGAAGUGUUCCACCGCGGAACAAAAGCGUUCUCCUGGGUCGCGAAACCGCAGUACGACUGGAUCAAGCUCACUCAGUACCAGGGCCAUCUCAAACCUGAAGAUGACGACACCAGGGUGGUUCUCACUAUUGACUGGACGCAAGUCCCCGCAAAUUUUGAUGAAAAGGUGUUCAUCGAAGUCUUUGGUUCUCGAGAUGGCUACGAAAAAGUCCACUUGACUGUGCGUCAUAGUCGGGUCCCUGCUGACUUCACUGGCUUCGUUGAAACGAGCGGCCACCUCGCCAUCGACGCAGGCAAAUGGGCUACAUCCCCAUAUCAGGCUCUUCCAGCCCUGGGCCGCACCGCUGCAGGGUCUGUGACUUUGCCAAUUGGCACCGACCUGAGCAAUCCCGACGACAUUCCGUUCCUGCGCUACCCAAUAUAUGUCCUCUCUGAUCGCGACAACGCCAACCUCGAGCUGCAAUUCAACAUGACUCUGGAAACCGACCCGCAGAGCCGCAUGGAGUAUGACAUACGCUGGGACGGCGGAGAAAUCAAGCGAUAUCGCCUCACUGACGACGAUCCCGGCAAUGACCGCGGCCUCCCGCGAGACUGGAACGUGGCGGUCAUGGACUGCGUCUGGAAAAAGUCCCAUAACAUUGGGCACGCCACAGUCGGCGCUCACACUAUUGAGGUGCGAUUCCGCAAGCCCAACAUGAUUCUGGAGAAGCUCGUUCUGGAUCUUGGGGAUUUGCGGUACACGUACUUGGGGCCCCCUGAGAGCGAGUAUGUCGAGGGCGGCAGCCGCGCAGCUACCUGUAUUAGACACAACGAUCGGCUAAGCUUGGAUUUGAGAUAUUAA